UUAAAAAUGGAGAUGAAGCUAAAGUUUGUAGGGGUAAAUUGAGAAUUUCCCGAUAAAGAGCGGUGUGGUUGGGGCACCAGCCCUUUUCUCCUCUUCCUCUCCGACGGAUCUGCAGGCGUGUUUGCCAACUUGCUGUCGGCGAGACGAUGUCCAUCUCCAACGGGCUCCACAACCGCCACCGAGACGACGACGCCACCGACGAUGACGACGACCACGACGACGCUCACUACCAGCCCAUAUCCGCCUUAGAAGACGACGGAUCUGCACCCAGCUCCGAUUCCGACGAACACGCGGCCGCUGUCCCCUCCCCAAUCCGAUCCAACGGCGGCGUGUUCCAUAUCCAGAACCCUAGCCCUGGCGUCUUCUUUCUCGACGCCGAGGGUGUCCUAUCGGCUCUGGAUCUGAAUGGACCUCCCGUUGACGGCGCUGGUGGAGGCGCGGAGGAAGAGGCGGCGGAUGAAGAGGCCGAGGAGGAAGAGGAGAGGGUGAGGCAGCUGGAGGCGUCGAUCUCGAGGGCGUUCAGCGAGGACGAGAGGCGGAGGAGCGCUCCGUUGACUCCAGAGAAUACAGCGAUGGUCGUGGAUGCGAUGAGGGGAGUAGCGUUCCCUGGAAUCCCUCCGGAAUGGGCGAAUCAAGUGCCGGAAGACCAGUGGCUGGAUCGCCUGAGGCGGCUGAGAGGUUAGAGCAGUACACCCAGCUGAAAGGGAAAAAAAACAAAAUUCUUAUCUUUGAUAGCUUAUGUUCAUUGCUCAGUUCUCCUUGAUUUGGUGUCAUAAGAAUUCACCAAACCUUUUUCUUCUCCUAUUAAGACGAAAAAAAACAUUCUGAAAUUUGAUUCUA